GAAAUGUACUCAAGUCGAGGCGACCCAGGGGCCAGGUAUCUGCUGCUUUUGCUUCUGCUCCUCGCCUCCUGGAAGCCAGCGAGAGGCCAGGUCCGCUACUCAGUCGCCGAGGAGGCCAAACACGGCACCUUCGUGGGCCGCAUCGCGCAGGACCUGGGCCUGGAGCUGGCGGAACUGGUGCCGCGUCUUUUCCAGUUGGAUUCCAGAGGCCGCGCGGACCUUCUGGAGGUGAAUCUGCAGAACGGCAUUUUGUUUGUGAAUUCUCGGAUCGACCGCGAAGAGCUGUGCGGACGGAGCGCGGUGUGCAGCAUCCACCUGGAGGUGAUCGUGGACAAGCCGCUGCAGGUUUUCCAUGCAGAGGUGGAGGUGAAGGACAUUAACGACAACCCGCCUGUGUUUCCGGCGACACAAAAGACUCUGUUCAUCCCGGAAUCCAGGCUGCUUGACUCUCAUUUUUCGCUAGAGGGCGCGUCCGAUUCAGAUAUCGGGGCCAACGCUCUGCUGACUUACAGACUGAGCCUCAAUGAACAUUUCUCACUGGACGUCCCAGUCAAUGACGAAGAGGCAAAACCUCUUGGACUUGUAUUAAAGAAGCUUUUAGACAGGGAAGAAUCUCCGGAGCUUCACUUAUUUCUCAUAGCCACUGAUGGCGGGAAGCCCGAGCUGACUGGAAGUGUUCAGUUACUUAUCACGGUGCUUGACGCCAAUGACAACGCCCCGACUUUUGACAAAACACUCUAUAAAGUCAAAUUACCAGAAAAUGUUCCUAACGGAACAUUGGUAAUUAAACUGAACGCCUCAGAUUUAGACGAAGGCUCGAAUGGAGAUAUAGUAUAUUCAUUCACUAAUGAUGUUCCUCUAACCGUAAAACAUAAAUUUCACAUAGACCCCAUAAGUGGGGAACUUACAGCAACAGGACAUAUUGAUUUUGAAGAAAGUAAAGCCUAUAAAAUCCGAAUAGAGGCUAUUGACAAAGGCCAUAUACCACUGGCUGGUCAUUGUACAGUUCUGGUAAAUAUUGUAGAUGCUAAUGACAAUGCUCCAGAGUUGACUGUCAAAACGCUCUGGCUCCCUGUUAAAGAGAACGCACAGCCAGGCACUGUCAUCGCCCUAAUCAGCGUGACUGACGAAGACGAAGGUGUAAAUGGGCAGGCGACCUGUUCCCUGACACCCCGUGUCCCUUUCAAGCUGGUAUCCACCUUCAAGAAUUACUAUUCAUUGGUGCUGGAUGGCGCCCUGGAUCGCGAGAGCGUGUCUGACUAUAUGCUGGUGGUGACGGCGCGGGACGGGGGCUCUCCUUCUCUGUCGGCCGCGGCCAGCGUGUUCGUGGAGGUGGCCGACAUGAACGACAACGCUCCCACGUUUGCACAGCCCGAAUACACGGUGUUCGUGAAGGAGAACAACCAGCCAGGUUGCCACAUUUUCACGGUGUCGGCACACGACGCGGACGCGCAGGAGAACGCGCUGGUGUCCUACUCUCUGGUGGAGCGGCGGGUGGGCGAGCGUGCGCUGUCGAGCUACGUGUCGGUGCACGCCGAGAGCGGCAAAGUGUACGCGCUGCAGCCGCUGGACCACGAAGAGCUGGAGCUGCUGCAGUUCCAGGUGAGCGCGCGCGACGCGGGCUUCCCGCCUCUGGGCAGCAACGUGACACUGCAGGUGUUCGUGCUGGACGAGAACGACAACGCACCGGCGCUCCUGCCGCCUGGGUCAGGCGGCGUGAGAGGCGCGAUGAGCGAGCUGGUGCCGCGGUCAGCCGGUGCGGGCCACGUGGUAGCGAAGGUGCGCGCGGUGGACGCGGACUCCGGCUACAACGCGUGGCUGUCAUACGAGCUGCAACCAGCAGUGGACAGUACGCGCAGCCCGUUCCGCGUGGGUCUGUACACUGGCGAGGUGAGCACGUCGCGCGCCCUGGACGAGGCAGACGCACCCCGCCAGCGCCUGCUGGUGCUGGUGAAGGACCACGGGGAGCCGCCGCUGGCUGCCACGGCCACUGUGCUGGUGUCGCUGGUGGAGAGUGGCCAGGCGCUGAAGACGUCGUCGCGGGCAUCGUCGGGCUCCACGGGCCAGGAGGUGGCGCUGGUGGAUAUCAACGUGUACCUGAUCAUCGCCAUCUGUGCGGUGUCCAGCCUGCUGGUGCUCACGCUACUGCUGUAUACGGCGCUGCGGUGCUCGGCACCGCCCACAGAAGGCGAGUGCGGGCAGGGGAUGCCCAAGCUGGUGUGCUCCAGCGCUGUGGGGAGCUGGUCCUACUCGCAGCAGAGGCGGCAGAGAGUGUGCUCUGGGGAGGGGCCGCCCAAGACCGACCUUAUGGCCUUCAGCCCCAGCCUUCCGCCCUGUCCUGGAUCUGCAGAUGAAAUGGGAGAUGCACAUACUUCUACGGACUCUUCAGGGAAGGUAGGUUGCUCUAGUAUUUUAUUUAUUCAUUUAUUUUAGUGUUGACAUUAAAAAAAAAUGACUUCACACUGUAAAAUUAAAUACUCUGUUUAUUCUGAAUCUCUCCCAGAUCUUUCUCUUUUAAUCACAGAACAUCCGAUACUUGAACUUUAGAGGUUUGUGUGUUUUGACUCUCCGUUUGAGACCCAUUCUGAAUUGUGCAUGCAACAGAUGGGUAUUGGGUGUGGAGUCAAUUUUAUUUAGUAUCUGUUAUGCGAGUCGCAUUGAAUGACUGACCAGAGCCUCCAUAGCAACUGAAAAGUAUUAGGUGUUAAAACCAGUUCAGUUGUUACACAUUAAGUAUACUUUAACAC